GUCGUUUUUAUUUAAUAUGCAUGUUAUUAGAAGCAUAUCUGAAGCCGUUAAUGCUGUGUUCUAUAGUGUUUCUUUAUUUGGGUAAUAUAUAAAGACACACAGUUCUUUUAUGUUGAACUCUAUUUCUAGUUUAGCAGGCACUUUGAACGCGAUCCAGAUCACUUCCUUUAUUUUAAGACCUUUCUCAGAACGCUUGCUUGUCAAGAUCAACUCCAAGUUGGUUGGUGCCACUUGGAAAGCCAUGCAAUAUUUUUUCGAACGUCGUAAAAAAGCUCGUAUUACAUUCUCUGGAGACAACCUUCCUCAAAGCGAAAGCGCUCUUGUGCUAUGCAACCAUCAAUCAUGGUCAGAUAUUUAUUUGAUUCACUCAGUUGCCAACAGAAGAAGUAUGCUUGACAAUUGCAAAUACUUUGUUAAGGAUUCUAUUAAAUAUCUACCAUUUUUUGGAUGGGGCAUGUGGUUGGCAGGCUUUAUCUUUGUCAAGCGUGCAUGGACAAAAGAUCAAAAAAAGAUUCAAUCAACAUUCAGUACAAUCAAGCGUCUUCAAACACCAGCAUGGAUCAUUAAUUAUGUCGAAGGCUCUCGUAUAACACCAAAAAAGCUUUACGAAUCACAAAACUUUGCCCGUGAACGUAACUAUAAAGUAUUAGACCAUCUUCUUUUACCGCGUACAAAAGGAUUUGUAUGCUGUGUCAACGAGUUCAGGGGAUCGCAUAUCAAGUAUGUCUAUGAUUUUACGAUUGCCUAUCGCCACCGUACACAACUAAAGCAGUUUCAUCAAGCACCUAGUAUGGUGCGCAUACAUAUUCGCUCCUUAUGGCCAGAAUAUGAAUUCCAUGUGCAUUGUAGACGAUUUGCUAUUGAAGAUUUACCAGAAGAUGAAAAUGAGUUGGGUGAAUGGUUGAGAGAAAGAUGGGCUGAAAAAGAUGCUAUUCUAGCCACAUUGAAAAGAGAUUGGACGAAUGGACUGGAUAAACGAAUUAUGUGGAAAGAAUCCUCCUGGUGAGGAGAUUGCUAUAUUUUUCUUUAACUAUAGAACCCUACUGCAUUCUCUUACCAUCAUGUUUGAACAUAAAACAUAUAGAAUGACAAUAAUAAUAAAAAAAAUCAUGCCAUUUGACAUUUACCGAGAAACUCAG